AUGAGUGAAGCCAUUCUAAAACUUAAGCAGCAAAUUAAGGAUUGGGAACAUGGAUUCAAAGUGCAGCAUGGUAGACUACCUUUGAAACUGGAUGUCAAUGAAAAUCUUGAGAUCAAAGCUUUGUACUCAAAGUACAGGUCCUUGAAACUGAACAAACAUACAGUCAGUGAUAAAGCCAAGUCAACGAACCAAGACAAUGAGACUGAGAAAGAGAAUGCUCUUCCGACUCCUAGCGGAGAGCUUGGGCCAACGCCACAAGCAAACGGGAGAGUUUUAUCCAUAUUCGACUAUAAAUUGACCCCACCAGAGUCAUCUCCCUUGAAAAACAAAUCAAGAAAUGCCCCUAAUACUAAUCACGACCUCGACUCAGUUGUCAUCGAUUCCACACCCGUUAAAGCAAGGAGAAGGCUAUCUUUUUCCACUCCAACAAAGGGGUCUUUAGAAGCCACGCCAAUUACGAUCACAAAGAAGCUUCAACAAGCAGCAGAAACCCCACGUUAUCUCAAGUCAUCUACAAUCCCCACUUUUGCUGGAAAUGCUAUAGACUUCCUGGUGUCACCAUCGCCUUUAAAGCCAAAUAGGAUGGGUAGAAAAUUAAUGGAUGUAUACAAUAUGUCGAUAAAAGAAGUGGAUGAUAUCAAUGCGGAAGAGUUCAUAGACGUACAGGAGGAAGAGGAGUCUGAGAUCCCCUUGUCUAUGAAUGAACCCAUUUUAAAGAGAAAAACUCAAAAGCGACAAACAAGAAGGUCUAAAAUGGCACCGAGGCCAACUAAUGAGACUAAUUCUUUGGACAAAGUUGACGUUCAACAGAGGAUAGACAAAUUAGACGACAAAGAGAGAGCAGCGUUGGCCGCUUAUAUGAACUCAGAGAGUGAAUCUGAAUCUGAAUCAGAAAAAGACCACACUCAUGGAAGUCCCGUCAAGAAAACUAGAAAACCUAUCGCACAAAACUACAAGAGGCUCAAAAUAAAUGAUCCAAGAUCGCGGAGGUUUAAACAAAGAAUGAGGAGAUAA